UGGCGCCUAUAUAUGCAUGCAAACAAACAGCGGCGUGGCACAACGUACACAUCGGGAGCAAGAGGACAGGGAAGAAGAGGACAUCCACGAACGAAUUGAAUGGCGUCGCCGGUGCUUCUGCUGGUGCUUCUCGCCGCGGCGGCGGCGGCGGCUCCGCAGCUGUGCUCGGCCGUGGACCCGGUGAGCACGUACUGCGCCAAGAACUUCACCGGCGCGCAGACGCAGGCCAGCAUCAGCCAGGUGCUGUCCGCGCUCGUCCCGCGCGCCUCCGCCGACUACUACGCCACGGCCACUGCCGGCCGCGGCGACUCCGCCAUCUGGGGCCUCGCGCAGUGCCGCGGCGACAUCCCGGCCUCCGACUGCGUGCUCUGCAUCUCCGCCGCGGCCCGGGCGCUCGCCUCCACGUGCCGCGGCCAGGCGGACGCGCGGAUCUGGUACGACUACUGCUUCAUGCGGUACGACGACACCGAUUUCCUCGGCCUGCCGGACACCGGGUACACGAUCAUCCUGAUCAACACCAUGAACGCCAGCGACCCCGUGGCGUUCGACCGCGCCGAGCGCAAGCUGAUGGCGCGGGUGGCGGCAGAGGCCGGCGAGGCGGCGAGCGGCGGCCUCGCCAGGGAGACAGCAAGGUUCGAUGCCACGUCAACGACCAUCUACGGCCUCGGGUGGUGCACCAGGGACAUCACCACCGCCGACUGCGGGCUGUGCGUGGCGCAGGCGGUGGCGGAGUUGCCCAACUACUGCCGCUUCCGGCGGGGGUGCCGCGUGCUCUACAGCAGCUGCAUGGCGCGCUACGAGACCUACCCGUUCUUCUUCCCCGUCGACGGCAAGGACGGCGGCGCGGCUGCCUCCUCCCACGCCGGCGAGUACGAAAAGAUCGUCUUGAACCCCUAGCUAGAUAUGGCUGCAAGUGUAAGUUUGUUAAUCGCCGUAAUCGCUACAAGUGCAAGUGUCGUGUUGUACAAUAUUUGGAUUCAAUAAUAUGCAUGCUUGCAUGCACCAAGUAACUA